AGGAUAAACAGGCCAGGUGUUAAGUCAACAAGGAGGACUUUUAUGGAGUUACUUUUAGCUCCCAAUAUAGACCAAAGAGCCAGGCAGUGUCUGAAUGGCGACUUCUUUCUGAUUCCUAGAUUGUUGUUGGCGAUAAAGUUGUUCUGAUGCCCGUGAACGCAGGACAGCCACUGCAUGCGAGCAACAUCGAGCUUCUCGAUAACCCAGGGUGCAAAGAGGUGAAUGCUGUUAAUUGCAACACCAGCUGGAAAAUCACUUUAUUCAUGAAAUAUAGUUCUUACCGAGAGGAUGUGCUGAAAGGUGGUGACGUCGUUAGAUUGUUUCAUGCAGAACAAGAGAAAUUUCUGACCUGUGAUGAAUAUGAGAAAAAACAGCACAUUUUUCUGCGUACAACCUUGCGUCAAUCAGCCACUUCUGCUACUAGUUCUAAAGCACUCUGGGAAAUAGAGGUGAGUGAAAUAUUAUUUGGAUUUUAAUAAAUAUUUACAUCAACGAAACAAGAUUC